GGGCUCGGCGGCGGCGGCGGCGGCGGAGGCGGAGGCGCGGACAUGGCGGAGCGGCAGCUGGACGCCAAACCGCCUCUGGAGGCCGAAGGACUGCGCUUCCUGCAGCACAGCGUGGGCUCCGUGCUUUCUGCCUAUGGCUGGUACAUUCUUUUCGGGUGUGCGGUUCUCUACCUGAUCUUUCAGAAGCUCUCCGGAAGUCUGCGAGUGAUGAGGCGAAGAUACUCCGACACGACGGGUGCCGCGAUAGAUCCCGAGGUCGUGGUUAAACGACAGGAAGCUCUGGCAGCUUCCCGCCUAAGGAUGCAAGAGGAAUUGAAUGCCCAGGCUGAAAAAUACCGAGAAAAACAAAAGCAGCUCGAAGAAGCCAAGAGGAGGCAAAAGAUAGAGAUAUGGGAAAGCAUGCAGGAAGGAAAAAGCUACAAAGGAAACUCAAGACUUCAACCUCAGCAAGAAACCGACCCGGGUCCAUCCACUUCCUCAGUUAUCCCAAAGCCAAAACCUGCCAGAAAGCCUCUGCGUGGAGGUAGCUAUAACCCUUUGUCCGGUGAAGGCGGCGGAACGUGCUCCUGGCGGCCAGGACGACGGGGCCCGUCGUCAGGUGGAUGAGGUUAAGGAUCUUGCUGGUGUCCGUCACGUCGCUAGCAAGAUGAAUGCGACCGACUAUUCUACUGCCUAUAGCUUGCAUGUCACAGUGACUCCUUCAGAGAAAAAGGGGGGCAUUUAGUUCAGUUCUUUAACUACGGGUGUUAGUUCAUUCAUUUUAAGGCUUAAAGCAAUGAAAGGCGUCGGCUGUGCUGAUGGGAUUAAGUCUGCAAAUCGAUUUUGCUUCCGUAGGACCACUCAGAGUAAUUUGGAAGCCGUACAGUUCUAGCCGGCUGAAAUACGGCUUCCUCAUUCGACGGUAAUUGGCGGGCUUCAGCCGUGGAAAAGGGGGCCCAAUCAGAAUAUUGAAUUUUUAACACCGAAAGUCCCACAAUAGUCAAUAAGUCUCUGUGACAGGCGGCAUUGAAUGAUGUCUUCCUUGUAAAUGGUGAAACCCACCAGUGAGGAUUACUGAUAUAGACAGGAGAUGGUAUUUUUUUUUUCCUCUUGUAUAUUCAUUUUUUCUGUAAAAGCUUGUAAAGCAAUCAUGUAAAUAUUAAACACCACCGCAAACGUC